AUGCAUCUCGCAAAAACCCUCACCUUGUUCGCCCUCACCUCCGGCGCCCUCUCAUUCAAGAUCCGCGCAUUCACCGGCGAAGACUGCUCGGGCGACGCCAAAGAAGUCAACGUCUGGGACAACACCUGCCGCGACAGCAACGUCCCCAAGACCAAGUCGUUCCGCGUCCUGGCCUACGGUGGUCAUGCGCAGCGAGCUGUCUUUUGGAAACACAGCCACUGUGGUGACUUUGACAAGGAUUUCAAGUCUUGGUGGUCCGAUGGUGGCAGCGAUGAGUUCAAGAAGGAUGCCUGUUUGAACUUGGGAUAUGAGUCGAAUGCCUACGGCUCGCAGAUUUCGGUUUAGGAUGAGGAUGAGGAUGAGCGUUGACAGAAGUGAAAUGGGUGCAUUUACUUUUAAAUAACUGCCAAUGAAAUGCCAUUUUUACUUAUCUACUAUUAAUUGAGCACAAUAUAGAGUAUGACCAGCC